AAACAUGAUCAUAUACCUAUUAUUGCUUGUAACAGAGAUCUUGUAUUUAAAGCUGCUGCAGAUUUACCACGUUUUGGUCAUGGUGCUUUUCUUACAUGUUUAGAAACAUUAUAUAAAAAUAUAAGUGGAAACGAUCUCAAAUAUACAGCAUUUGUUGGUAAACCAUUUGAAAUAUCAUAUCAAUAUGCUGAAACAAUAGCUAAUCAAAUAGCAUUAGCUAAUGGUCGACCAAAAAUCGAAAAAGUUUAUUUUAUUGGAGAUAAUCCAGAUGUUGAUAUUGUUGGUGCAAAUAUGUAUAAUAAUUUAUUACAACAAGCUUUGAAUAUACGAACAAGUAUUAGUGGUUAUAGUUUAUUAUCUGAUUCGAAAUAUUUAAGUGCAAAAUCAUGUGAAUCAAUUCUAGUAUGUACAGGUGUUUAUGAACCAAAUAAACAAAAGAUUGAUGAUAAAAAUCCAUGGAAAUUACCAACAACAAUUAAACUUGAUGUUUCUGAAGCUGUUAAAUAUAUUCUUUUAAUGGAAACAUGUCCAUGGAUUGUGAAUUGUUAG